UGUUAGUCUUGUAAUGAACAUUGCGAAUGUCAACUUCUUCCAAUGUUAAAGCAGAGAAAAAGCGUAAAUUAAAAAUCAAUAAUAAGGAUUCGACAUCACCAAGAAAGCAAGUCAAGUUUGGGCGAGCAACGUUGCAGCAUUAUUUCAACUCGACAACCAGCACAUCUUCCACAGCAAAACAGACAGCAGCAGUAACUUCGUUCAGUUGUGUAGAGGAACCAAAGGAUCAUCACGAGCAGAAAAUACACUCUGACAAUGAAUUGAGCUGCCCAAUUUGCUAUCAGCAGUUCAAUAGUACUAUAUCAAUGACAGAUAUCGAAAGCCAUGUUAAUGCCUGCCUCGACAAUUCUAAGACAGUCGCUGUUGAUAAAUGCAAAGCGAGUCUAUCAUCGACUAGUCUCUACAAAGCACCAGUUUUUGACUCAUUUGAAAUCGAUCAGCAAGCAAGCAAUUAUGGCGAGGCAACUUUUGAUAAGGAGGAUGCUAAGGAGUCUAAUUGUGAUACUACUAAUGAGUCAGUUAAGACCAGUAAUAUCGAUAGUGUCAGCGCUUGGUCUAAACUUUUUGAUACUGCCAAGUUCAAGAUACGUGGUAUAUGGAGCUCCAGCAAGACAGAUAUUGCUCCUGGUCUGACCGAAAAUGAGAUAAGCUGGUUUGGUGAAUCCAAGUAUUCAUCAUCCCCUACAAUAUCGACAGAGAAAAGAAAAUCCCGUACUGUACCUUAUUACAAGCGUCUAGCAGGCACAAAUAUGGUCGUCGACGCUUUUUUAUUCGGCCAGAUACCAGAUUGCGAAGGAUACUUCUUGUCUCAUUUUCAUAGUGAUCACUACAUGGGCUUAUCUGCAAAUUGGACUCAUGGCCCUAUAUAUUGCUCCGAAAUUACUGCUGAAUUAGUCAAGAUGAAGUUAGGCGUCUCUUCAGAAUUCGUGAUUCCACUUCCUUUAGAUACGCCUCGCAACAUACCUACCAGCAACCCUGAUGAUAAAGAUCAGCAAAUUACGGUUACAUUGCUGGAUGCUAACCAUUGUCCUGGUGCUGUUAUUUUCCUUUUUCAGGUUGGCAAGUUCCGGUAUUUACAUACAGGUGACUUCCGUGCUUGUCCAAAAAUGUGUUUGCAUCCUAUGCUGAAAGAUUAUCCAAUUGAUAUUCUUUAUUUGGAUACCACCUACUUGAAUCCCAAAUAUUCGUUCCCGUCCCAGGACUCCUGCAUUAAAGCAGCUUGUGAAGUAGCUAGACGGCAUAAUUUGAAUGAAUCAGUCAGGUACCAAAAGGAUCAGAAAAUCGAGCAGUGGUUUGUGCAGCAAAAUGGAAAUAAACAUACUCUUGACAGUACCGCUCAGCCUGUUGUUGGAAAAGAAACGAAACGACUGUUAGUCGUGGUUGGGACAUACUCCCUUGGCAAAGAGCGAAUAUUCAUCGAAAUUGCAAAAAUUUUGAAUUCCAAAAUAUUCGUACCAGACAAGAAAAGGGCAAUUUUGGAAACCUUUGGUGAUUCAAAAUUGAUUGACCUUUUAGUAAACGAUCCAUUAGAGGCUCAAGUUCACGUUAUCCCUAUAAGACAUAUAAUACCUGAGAAUCUCCUUGCUUAUUUCCGUAGCUUAGAACCGAAUUUUACUGAAAUGGUUGCGUUCAAGCCCACUGGUUGGACUUUUCGUGCAUCAGCUGAUCCUAAGGUCCAACAACAACAAAAAUCACUUCAAUCGAUAAUUCAGUCUAGGCCCCCUGACCUCACAGCAACUGCGCUGAAGCCUUAUUAUGACGCACCCUCUUUAAAGAUUUAUGGGAUACCAUAUUCUGAACACUCCAGUUUCCGUGAAUUAGCCUUAUUUAUUGCCAGUUUAGAUAUUCGUAGAAUUGUGCCUACAGUUAACAUAUAUAGUGAAAGGAGUAGAUCAAAAAUGAGUGAUCUGUUUGAGAAAUGGAAUAUGGAUAAGAAGAAGAUGGUUGAGAAGAAUGGUGGCACUAUUAAGGUGAUAGAUUAUCCUAGCGUAGAUUAUUGGUAGCUCCAAUAAUUGGUCCGACUCUUUAUCCUUUCAUAACUUCCUUUUUUCGUCACUGGUACUUUUAUAAAAUGUUGUUUAGCACUACUAGCAGUUAACAAUGAAGCUGCUUGUAAAUCAAAUGUAAAUAAAAUAAAGCGCUGAGCGAUGUUGUGAAACUGUAAGUUUUAAAGUAGCUUCAGCCAAAAAAAAAGGGUCAUAUGAGUCGAUUGAGAGAUCGAAUACUGUAAUUUCGAAAGCACAC